AUGGAUUCCAUCGACUUCCAAAACAUGAAAUCAGAUAAAUCCAACGCGCUGCGUCGUUUCCAGAGCAUUGGUUUCCUUCUCCGUAUAGCGGAGAUCUGCGCCGCUCUUCUCUUCGUCUGUUGGAUUUUCACCUGCCUCCCUUUCGCCGCCGAGUUCCUCCGCCGUCUCUCUUCCGUCGUCUCCACUCCUCUCUUCAUGUUCUUCCUCGGGAACUCCAUCGUCGUCGCUCUUCUCACCACCACCAAAUCCACCGUCUUCUCCGGCGGAGCGGAAGCGGAUAUCCACCACGCGCUCAUCAGAUCCGGAGACAAUCGCGUCAGUUCUUCCGACGGAGAUCUGACCGGAGAGACGAUCGUCUUCGACGACAGACAGAUGAUCGACGCGGAAACCGAUUCAAAUUCAAAUCCAACGGCGGCGCGUGGUGAGCACGCGGCAACCGAACCGGAGAAACAGAUGAUGGACACGGAAACCGAUUUAAAUUCAAAUCCAACGGCGGCGCGUGGUGAUCACGCGGCCACCGAACCGGAGAAUGGCUCGGUUACUGUUACUGAUUUAGCGAACGAUCCUCCUCCUCCUCCAACGACGAAGGUUUACAAAAGAAGCAAAACGGAAAUCUCCGCGAAACAGAGUCCAGAGAUGGUGUCGAAACCCACGCUCCGGCGAUCGGAGACGGAGAAGGGCCGUGAAACCGUCGAGUCGUGCGAAGAAGCGCCGUUUCCGGAGGAUAAUCUGACGAACGAAGAGUUUCAGAAAACGAUCGAAGCAUUCAUCGCGAAACAGUUGAUAUUUCGUCGCCGAGAAUCUCUCGCCGUCGUUAUCCAUAACCAUAACUAA